AUGAGGCUGAAACCUGGAUGUUUUCUGCAGUUUCUGUAUUUAGAUAAAAUACACUGUUUAUUAUCAGUGAGAAAUGCUAGGGCACUUGCAGAAUAUUUCCAACUCCUAGAUGUUCAUAAAAAGAAUACUUUGAAUGACCUGCAGCUUUAUCACUUUCUCCGUUAUGUGACUGACCUGACAAAGAAGCAGAUCAUGCUGGUGUUUGAUUUGCUAGACUGGAAUGCCACAGGGGAGAUUGGCUUUGAUGAGUUCUACAUGCUGGUGUGCAUCCUGAUGUCUCACGAGAACCACCUGGAAAAGCAGUUCAUUUAUCAACACUCUGGGCCUGUGUUUGAGCUGCUGGAUAUGGAUGGAGGACACACAGUUGGCCCUAGGGAGUUCCAAGCCACUAGGUUCCUUUUUAACAUCAAGAAGCAAGAGCUUGAAAAGAUAUUCAAGGACUUUGAUGUCUCUGGAGAUGAGCAACUGAACUACAAGGAGUUCAAGAUGUUUACAAUCUUCUGCAUUGAUAGACAACAGAAAAAGGAGAAGGAGAAAAAGAAGAGGUUGGAUGAAGAGAUUCCAGAAUCAUCUGGGGCAGACCUCACCAAGAUCAGCAUGCAUCAACUACACUUAUCCUAUCUCAGAUACCGUAUGCAAGUGCAUAAUUGGCUCUGA